UAUAUUUAAUUAAAAAAAAAGAAACCUGACACGAAAGAAAAGAUAGAAGCUGACCUCUUGCGCCCCUUCCUCCACUACUCAAAGAAUAUAAAUGACCUUUUCUUUUCGACUUAGUCAUCAAAUCUAAGCCAAAAAGUAAGCAAUAUAAAAGCAUAUUUUGGCAAAUACUCCAAAACCCCAUUUUAGAAUAUUGAUCAAGAAACUCAAGAUGACGAUGUCGGAGAACCAAAGAAAUCUUGAAGCAGGGUUGUUACUGAACAAGAACAGAAACGACAUCAACGAGUGUCGUAUCACUGCGGUUGUGCUCUUCAGCACCUUUGUUUCUGUGUGUGGCUCUUUCUGUUAUGGUUGUGCGGCAGGUUAUUCAUCAGUUGCUCAAACAGGGAUCACAACAGACUUAGGCCUCUCUGUUGCACAAUACUCCAUGUUUGGAUCACUUAUGACUUUUGGAGCCAUGUUUGGUGCCAUCUUUAGUGGGAAAGCCUCAGAUCUCAUUGGUAGAAAAGGGACAAUGUGGUUUGCUCAACUUUUCUGCAUAGCCGGUUGGCUAGCAAUAGCAUUUGCAAAAGACACGAUUUGGCUAGAUGCUGGAAGGUUUUCCACAGGAUUUGCAGUUGGUUUAUUUAGCUACGUGAUACCAGUUUAUAUCGCAGAAAUAACACCAAAACAUGUUAGAGGAGCAUUUGUAUUUGCUAAUCAGCUGAUGCAAAGUUGUGGGUUGUCGUUAUACUACGUCAUUGGAAACUUUGUUCAUUGGCGUAAUUUGGCAUUAAUCGGUCUGAUUCCAUGUGCCUUGCAAGUUUUGACUUUGUUCUUCAUCCCAGAGUCCCCUAGAUUACUGGGAAAAUGGGGACGUGAAGAAGAAUGUAAAGCUUCAUUGCAGCGUCUCCGUGGAGAUGAAGCUGAUGUCUCUGAAGAAGCCUACGCUAUCAAAGAAACCAUAGUGUUGUUUGAUCAAGGACCAAAAUCUCGGAUUAUGGAUGUGUUCCAGAGGAGAUAUGCUCCGGCUCUUGUUAUUGGUGUGGGGCUAAUGCUUCUGCAACAGCUCUCUGGAAGCCCAGGGGUUAUCUUCUAUGUCGGUAGCAUAUUUAAUAAAGGAGGAUUUCCAAGCGACAUUGGCUCAAUGAUUCUUGCAGCGAUCAUGAUACCAAAAUCUUUAUUGGGUCUGAUUUUGGUUGAGAAAAUGGGACGAAGGCCUCUUCUACUGACAUCUGCAAGUGGAAUGUGCCUUUGCAGCUUGCUCCUCGCAUUUUCCUUCAGCUUUCGGUCAUAUGGCAUGCUCGAUGAGCUUACUCCUAUUUUGACAUUCAUCGGUGUCGUGGGCUUCAUCUCUGCAUUUGCCGUAGGCAUGGGAGGCUUACCGUGGGUCAUCAUGUCUGAGAUUUUCCCAAUGAAUGUUAAAGUUUCAGCUGGGACUAUUGUUACCUUAGCCAACUGGUUCUUUAGUUGGAUUGUGGCUCUCGCCUUCAAUUUCAUGAUAGAAUGGAACGCAUCAGGAACGUUCUUGAUCUUCUUUAGUAUCUGCGCUGCGGGUAUAGCCUUUAUUUAUGCGAUGGUACCCGAGACCAAAGGAAGAACACUAGAAGAUAUACAAGCUUCUCUUACAGAUUUUCUACAAUGAGAUUGAGAUGUACAUGUUCAUAGUUAUUCUUUUCUUAUUUUCUUGGAUUCAAAUAGGGGAGGUUUAUAGUAUUUUUUUUGUUGUAUUUAUAUGUACAAUAGAGAGAAGGGAUGAUCACUUGAACAAGAAAAAUGUUUAGAUCUCCCUGUUUCUCUGUGUGUUACACAGCUACUCAUAUUUAGACCAUCUCCAAUGUAUUUCUCUAUUUCUAUCUCUAAAAUAGAGAUGUGUUUUUCUCCAAUGUAUUCCUUUAUUUUUAUCUAUAAAAAAAAUAUUCUUAAAA